UACACGAUGUGUUUGAUCUCUGCAGGCGGUGGUUCAUCAUACAGAACAAUCAGCUUCUUUACAAGAAGAGGUUUAAGCGUGACUUCAUGGUGCUGGCUGAAGACCUGCAGCGCUGUUCGGUCCAGAGCUGCGAGGACGCCGGGCGACGCUUCUGCUUCCGGGUGGUCACGCCCACAAGGAGCUGUACGUUCCAGGCCGACUGUGAGGCAGGUAGACGGGCGUGGAUCAGCGCCAUUCAGAACCUGACUGAGAGAGAAGAAGGAACAGUCAAGAGCGAGGAGGAAUCAGACGGGUACGAGGACGAUUCGAAAUCAGACUCCAGUAAGACGUUAGUGGACGGGGAGAUUCAGUUGGAGGACUCAGACUCGAGCGAGCAGACAGACUCCCAGGGACCGCGGGCGUCUUCUAAAGCUCCAGGUGGGAUCAGUUCUGGAGAAGUCGUCUGCGAUGCUCCCGAGAACAAGAAUGCUGAAGGAGAACCUGCUGAGGAAGAACCUGCUGAAGGAGAUCCCGGUGAAGGAGAAACCACUAAAGAAGAAACCACUAAAGGAGAAACCGGUGAAGGAGAACCCGGUGAAGGAGAACCUAGUGAAGGAAAAACCACUAAAGGAGAAACCGGUGAAGGAGAACCCGCUGAAGAAGAACCUGGUGAAGGAGAAACCGCUAAAGAAGAAACCACUAAAGGAGAAACCGGUGAAGGAGAACCCGGUGAAGGAGAACCCGGUGAAGGAAAAACCACUAAAGGAGAAACCGCUAAAGGAGAACCUGCUGAAGGAGAACCCGGUGAAGGAAAGACCGCUAAGGAAGAAACCACUAAAGGAGAAACCGGUGAAAGAGAACCCGCUAAAGGAGAACCUGCUGAAGGAGAAACCACCGAUGGAGGACGUCAAGAGGAGGUGACGACCGACACGAACCCGAACAGCUUUGAGAGCCAAUACACUGUUGGAGAGCUGCUGGGAAAGGGAGGCUGCGGUUCGGUCUACGAAGGCAUCCAUAAGGUGGACGGGAACCAGGUUGCCAUCAAAUACGUGGUGAAGGAUGAGGACCUCAGAUUUACCAGGAUUGUAAGUGACUUUACCUUUCAGAUGAAGUAA